AGUCCCUCUAACAGUGUGGAAGCCAUUGUGAGGAAAUAGCACAGAGGCACCUAAGUUCAUGUGCAGCAAAAAUGACAGAAAGAAGGACGAGGAGGAGGAGAAAGAGUCCUGAGCAGGAUGCUGUGGAUCAUGUCCUACAAGGAAGAGACAAACCCUUCCUAGAGGGAACAUUUAUCAACACAUUUAAAGGGAGAGGUGUGUUUACACAGGAGUACAUUGAACCAAAAAGUUUUGUGGUGGAGUACCGUGGAGUUUUGUCUCUGAGUAAAGGCCACGAUGACAAAAACAACAACUAUUUGUUUGAUUUCAAGUUGAACGGGCAGCACUAUUGCAUAGAUGCUUUGAAAGAAGAUGGAACGCUUGGGCGACUAGUAAAUGAUGAUCACAUCAAUCCAAACUGCAAAAUGAAAAAAAUAUUGGUAAAAGGAAGGCCACACUUGUGCCUGUUUGCUUUGAAAGAAAUAUUUCCAGGUGAAGAAAUAAGCUAUAACUAUGGUGAUUCCCCUUGGCCAUGGCGGUCAAAGGCACACUGUAAAGAACCACAUACAACACAGUCAGAGAAGAAGUUGUCCACCUCAGCACAGGAGCAAAAGGAACUCGUUGGUAGCACAAGUCGGCCCACGACUGAAGUCACAGCAACUCCUGGUACACUAGAGGAUGAUGAUUGUCUCCAUAAAGUUACCUGCUCGGUUGUCAACUCUUUGGACAAUUGUGACAAGUGCAGUGGAAGACCCUUGUCCAGUCUAAAAUGGAUUGGUUUGACAUGUCAAUUGUGCUCAAAAUCAUGGCACAAAUCCUGCUUUCUCAAGAGGAAUUCAUCACUGGAUGUUGAACCUGAUGACCAUGACUCUAUAAAUAGUAGUGAUGGCUGCAGAUCAGAUGAAGACUAUGUGCCUAGCCCGUCAGUCAGUAGUGAUGCAUCCGAUCCUAAAGAUCUCUCAUGUACCAGCACUGGUGUACCUGCAUCAACAACAGAUAGUGAUGAUCUGUCUGUCUGUAAAACUCAUCCAAGCCCACUCCAUCGUACGGCUCGAGCAGCUAACUUGGUUUCUUCUAAGCAAAUUAGGAAGAGAGUGCCACAGCCCAUAGACCGCAUGAGGGAGGAGGACAGAGAUGCCACAACCUCUACUGAAUUUGGCAUUGAAGAAGACAUUGUCCCUGAUAGUGAAUCUUCUGAUGAUGAUCCAACCACAAGCAAUACCCAGAGCCUUACAACAACUUCAACAGAUUCACAGGCUCCUAAAGGGUCUUCUUGCACAAAAAAAAAUUACUGUUACGUUUGUAAGACACCUCAAUCAAAAAUUGCUCGUCACCUUAAACAGCACGAAAAAGACGAACCCGAUAUUGCUGAAGCAUUUUUGCACCCAAACAACUCCAAAGAGAGAAAAAAGUUACUUGAAAAGCUGCGGAACAAAGGCAAUUAUGAACAUAAUCAAGAAGUUCCCACAAAUAAUGAGGGCUUCCUGAAAGUAAAAAGAAGAUCAAAACAAUCAAAAGACUCUGUAAACACCAAAACUUUUGUGCACUGUGCAUAUUGUAGAGGCAUGUUUAUCCGUAAAGAGCUGUGGCGCCAUUCACGGAGGUGCCCUUUUAAAACAGUCUCAGAAUCUGAAGCCACUGCUAAAGCAACAUGCUUGGAUCGAGCUGAUAUUGCAGAGUCAACAUGUGCCCAAGCAAUUUCCCCUGGAGUAUGGAAGGUUCUUAAAAAUAUGAGGCAAGAUGAGGUAGCAUCUGUCGUUCGAAAUGAUUUCCUCAUACUACAACUGAGUCAGUUUCUCUACAACAAGCAUGGAACUGAUCCAACAAAAUUUGAGUAUAUGAGACAAAAGGCUCGAGAAAUGGGCAGACUGUUGUUGACCUUGAGAAAAACAAACUCUAUUUUUAGCUUUGAAGAUGCUACAAAACCAAAAAACUUCUAUAAAGUCAUUGAAGCUGUAAGAACAGUUGCUGGUUAUGAUGAAGAGAAGACCUGUUAUCGCACACCAAGUCUUGCACUGAAAUUGGGACACUCGCUCAAGAAGAUCGGUGACAUUAUUCUCUGUAGGGCCAUUGCAGCAGAGGAUGAACAGAUGAUCAAAGCAGCAGAGCGAUUCAUACAUCUCUGCACAAAAGAAUGGACAGGCCUUGUUUCCCCCUCGGCGCUUGCUACUUUGACCAAAUCAAAGUUUCAUAAACCAUCUACCUUCCCAUUCACAGAAGAUGUUCAGCUUUUGCACCAGUACCUGGAGAAGAAAUCAGCUGAGGCUGUUGAAAGCCUGAAAGAGCAGGAGUCUCCACAGACUUACGCAGAGCUUGCUAGAGUGACUCUUGCUCAAAUAAUUAUCUUCAACAGACGUCGCGCAGGAGAAGUCUCAAAGAUGACACUCGAGUCUUUUGAAAGAAGAGAUCAGACGGAGCUCCAUGAGGACAUAGCUGCUCUCCUCUCACAUGUUGAGCAAAAGCUAGCCAAGCACUACAGCAGGGUAGAAAUUAUAGGCAAAAGAGGGCGAAAGGUUGCUGUUUUAUUGAGUCCUGAGGUCCUCAAAGCAGCAGAACUUAUUGCAGACAAAAGAGACACAUGUAAUGUGCACAAGGACAAUCCCUUCCUGUUUGGACGGCCACGAUGCCCCUCCACUAGUUACUUUAGAGGACAGGACUGCAUCAGGACGUUUGCACGCAUGUGUGGUGCAAAGAAUCCUGAAUAUCUCAGGUCUACACAUCUUCACAAGCAUGUAGGUGAGGGUGAGCUGGAUGAUGAAAGUGAUGGAGACGAUGAUGGAAAUGAUGGCGGCGGUGGACAUGACAAGGACAGUGGACAUAAGGGUGGUGGAGAUGAAGACUGCCAUCAUGACGGUGGAGUCAACGACAGUGGUGGAGAUGACAAUGGGUCAGGUCAUGCCCUUGGACCAAGGGGAAAAAGAAAAAGGAUGAAAUCGACCGAGGAUAAGACCAAGGAUUCCAAAGGAAAAAGGAUGAAAUCGACCGAGGAUAAGACCAAGGCUUCCAAAGGGCAAAACAAUCUGUUGGCAAUCCAAGGUGAGGUGACCAGCUCCAAAGACAUCCAGCAGCUGACUGGUCAUCAAGGAGACCGUCCCCCUCAGCCACAGGGUGGGAGCUCCACUUGGGGGAAGGAGGAGCCACAGCCCCCUCUUAUUAAAGAGGAAGAAAUGGAGCUCCACAUUAAAGAGGAAGAGGAGAAGCCACAGCCCCCUCUUAUUAAAGAGGAAGAAAUGGAGCCGGAGCACCCCCACAUUAAAGAGGAAGAGGAGGAGAAGCCACAGCCCCCUCUUAUUAAAGAGGAAGAAAUUGAGCCGGAGCACCCCCACAUGAAAGAGAAAGAGGAGGAGCCACAGCCCUCCUAUGUUAAAGAGGAAGGAUUCUGGAUCACUCAGGAGGGAGAGCAUCUUCCAGGGCCAGAGGAGGCUGAUCUCGCCAGGUUGCCACUGACUGGUGUCCCUGCAGUGACUAAAGACCAUGAAGACAAACCACCUGAGCUCUCACAGCUUCAUCAUAGUCCAAGUGAGGAGAUGAGCGAGGCGGAGCCUUCAUGCAGCAGCUCACUGCAACACAUGACAACAGAAGCUGAUGGAGACCACUGUGGAGGAUCACAAGCAGACAACCUCUUAGCUCCACUGUCAGAUAGUGACGACACAACGUCACACUCUCCUAAAGGUGAAGACAGCGACUACAACCAAGAAUCUCUGAGCAGCGAUACAGACUGUGAAGCUGAUAUGAUGACUGACACCGGCAACAAACACUCUGAAAGCUCUAAAAAGACAACAGGUAAACGUUUGAACUGCUCAGUUUGUCAUAAAAGACUUUCUUGGAAGAGUGAUUUGGCUCAACACAUGAGAACACACACAGGAGAAAAACCUUUCAGUUGCUCAGACUGCGGUAAAUACUUCACAUUUAAGACAAGCAUGCAAAGACACAUGAGAACGCACAAAGGAGAAAAACCUUACAGUUGCUCAGACUGCGGUAAAGGCUUCACUCAAAAGACGAGCAUGCAAUCACACAUGCGAAUACACACAGGAGAAAAACCUUUUAGUUGCUCAGACUGUGGUAAACUCUUCACUCAAAAGACAAGCAUGCAAAGACACAUGAGAACGCACAAAGUAGAAAAACCUUUCAGUUGCUCACACUGCGGUAAAGGCUUCGCUCAAAAGAUUGACAUGCAAGUCCACAUGAGAACACACACAGGAGAAAAACCUUUCAGUUGCUCAGACUGUGGCAAACUCUUCACUCAAAAGACAAGCGUGCAAUUACACAUGAGAACACACACAGGAGAAAAACCUUUCAGUUGCUCAGACUGCGGUAAAGGCUUCGCACGAAAGAGUGACAUGCAAAGACACAUGAGAACGCACACAGGAGAAAAACCUUUCAGUUGCUCAGACUGUGGUAAACACUUCACAUUUAAGGCACAGGUGCAAUCACACGUGAGGACACACAGGAGAAAAACCUUUUAGUUGUUCAGACUGCGGUAAACACUUCACAUUUAAGGUACAGGUGAAAUCACACGUUAGGACACACAGGAGAAAAACCUUUCAGUUGCGCAAAUUGCGGUGACACAUUUUCUUUGAAGUCCAAUUUGAAAAGACACAUGCAGAGUCACUGACGGUCUACUGUUUGACUUGCCUGACUUCCAUGCAGUCACUCUGUUGUAAUAUUCUUUGUUCAGUAAUUCCAUGUGGUUUUUAUGAAGGUGUAAAAGAAAGACACGGUUAACUGCAGUGGUUUCAUUUGUAGUUAAAGGUGUUUUAUUUGACUGGAUGCUGUCAUCACUCAAUGCUGAAAAUGAUGAAGACACUUCCUGUUCCAUGAUUGGAAAGUAGUGAUUGGUUUCUUUUCGUGACUUGAUCUAUUCAUCAUUCACUCAAUGAAGUGAAGUGGGUGUGGAGUACAGAGCGCAUGCGCAAUGUCAGUAGGCCUUUGAAGGAUUUGAGUGACAGCAAGAUAGAAUUUUUUGCUUUUGUUCUUAUUUUUCACUGUUGAUUUGAUUUUGUAUGUAAUCGAAGGUAAUCAUUAUGUUAUUUUGUUGAUAUUGUUGUAUCACAUAUUGAUGAAAUGUUGACAAAUGAGUGUGUUGAUGCAAAUCAAGUGUUUUAUUCUGAUUAUGCUCAUGAUCAAUAAAUAAAAGGCAAAAUGACAAAAGUACUCAAGUUUUUGGAAAAAUUCAAUUAAAAAGUAUCGGUGUCAAUAUCA